UCUGGUGACUGGUGGUGUAAUGAUCCAACUCGUUUUCAUACCAUUCAGGUUCCCGGGUGCUUCUGUGGUGCCUGGUGCAUGGCGGUCUGCUGGAGAAAGAGCAUCUGUAGCUGAGCAGAAGGAUGGAGAGUUUGGGAUUGCAGGCUGUUGCCCUCAGUGAUGGCUCCACAGCCUACAUUGAACAAGCCAUCAAAGAUGGCAACCUAGUGGAAGGCGAUACUAUUCAGUUGGAGGAUGGUACUACAGCCUACAUUCAGCAGGUUACUGUACAGCAGAAAGAGCCCCUGCCCUUUGAGGACGGCCAGGCAGUGCAGCUGGAGGACGGGACCACGGCAUACAUCCACCACACACCCAAAGACGGGUAUGAUCCCAGUGCGGUGGAAGCGGUGCAGCUGGAGGAUGGCAGCACGGCGUACAUCCACCACCCCUCGGGCCUGCAGACUGGCAGCACCAUCCUGACUUUGCAGCCAGGGGGUGGCCUGGAGGAGCUAGCUACAGACGACACCGUGGACACAGACACCAUCACCACCCUGGAGAACUACGCCAAGAUGACGGGGUCUGAGGUGGAGGUGGAUGAGACCAUGAGCAGUACCAAUGGACUGCAGGACAUAGAGCCUAUUGUACAGGUGAUGGGGUCGUGGGGUUCCCCUAAGGGUCAGCAGACGGCUGAGAAGACAUUCCGCUGUGACUACGAGGGCUGUGGACGUCUCUACACCACAGCACACCACCUCAAGGUGCAUGAGAGGGCUCACACAGGUGUCCGGCCAUACAGGUGUGAUGUGUUGACGUGUGGAAAGGCGUUCGCUACAGGUUACGGCCUGAAGAGUCAUCUACGGACACACACUGGAGAGAAACCAUACAAGUGUCCUGAAGACAUGUGCUUCAAGGCCUUCAAAACCUCCGGAGACCUCCAGAAGCAUGUCCGCACACACACAGGUGAGAAGCCGUUUAAGUGUCCGUUUGAAGGUUGUGGUCGUUCCUUCACCACCUCUAACAUCAGGAAAGUCCACAUCAGAACACACACAGGAGAACGCCCCUACAUGUGCCCUGAACCAUCCUGUGGACGAGGCUUUGCCAGUGCUACCAACUACAAGAACCACAUGAGAAUACACACAGGGGAGAAGCCCUACCUGUGUACAGUCCCUGGUUGUGGGAAGCGAUUUACAGAGUACUCCAGCCUGUACAAGCACCAUGUGGUUCACACACACUGCAAACCUUACACCUGCAACCACUGUGGCAAAACGUACAGACAGACCUCCACGCUGGCCAUGCACAAACGCACCACGCACGGAGACUUUGAAGCCACAGAGGACGGGGAAGAAGCGGUGGAUGACCAAUCACAGGCCUCCUUCCUGGAGGGGGCGGAGCAGAAAGAGGAUGGGUCGGAUUCCCAGGUUAUCAUUGGUUCUCAGGUGGGUCUGUCGACAGAGGACCUACAGGCACUCAGCACGGCCAUCACCAUGGUAACGCAGGACGGCACAACCAUUUCCCUGCCGACCCACCAGACAGACAUGGCCGCCAUGGGACACCACCACAUCACCAUGGUUACAGGGGAGGGCAAGGAGCUGCAGCCGGUUGCCAUAGUGACAUCGGAGGGUAUUAUGACAGGCGGCUUGCAGGGCUCCGGCCCUCACUACCAGCAAGUCGCACUGCUGGCCACGGCUAACGGCACCCAGAUUGCUGUUCAGCUGGAGGAGCAGCAGACGUUGGAGGAGGCCAUCAGCAUGGCGACAGCUGCCAUCCAGCAGGGAGGGCUGGUUCAGGACGAGGACACAUGAGGGGAUCUGCUGAGACACACCUACCUCCCCCAAACAGAGCAUCUUUCCCUGGGUACGACACGGUACCUGCUUAGCGCCAACCAGCUCCACAGCACUCCUGGAGCCCUGUCUCCUGCAACAGGCACAGAGUGAGCAGAACUCCUAUCUCGGAACCAAUCAGAGAGAGACUCCGAGAAGCUGUUGUCAUGGAGACUGGCUUUAGAAUGUUCAGAUGUGAGCAUGAGCAGAUUGAUCUUUCUUUGUUUGUUUUAGCCACAAUACAGUAGCAUACUCAUCCUGCUGCUUCUGAGAAGCAGCACCUGCACUAAAGCUAGCUCCAGUUUGAUUUUACCUCUAGUCUUCAUAAUCAUGAUACAAUAAUGGAUAAAAGCAUCUGCUAAAUGGCAUAUCGUGAUACAAUAAUGGAUAAAAACGUCUGCUAAAUGGCAUAUCAUGAUACAAUAAUGGAUAAAAGCGUCUGCUAAAUGGCAUAUCAUGAUACAAUAAUGGAUAAAAGUGUCUGCUAAAUGGCAUAUCAUGAUACAAUAAUGGAUAAAAGCGUCUGCUAAAUGGCAUAUCAUGAUACAAUAAUGGAUAAAAGCGUCUGCUAAAUGGCAUAUCGUGAUACAAUAAUGGAUAGAAGCGUCUGCUAAAUGGCAUAUCGUGAUACAAGAACGGAUAAAAGUGUCUGCUAAAUGGGCAUAUCGUGAUACAAGAACGGAUAAAAGUGUCUGCUAAAUGGGCAUAUCGUGAUACAAUAAUGGAUAAAAGUGUCUGCUAAAUGGGCAUAUCGUGAUACAAUAACGGAUAAAAGUGUCUGCUAAAUGGGCAUAUCGUGAUACAAUAACGGAUAAAAGUGUCUGCUAAAUGGGCAUAUCGUGAUACAAGAACGGAUAAGUGUCUGCUAAAUAGGCAUAUUGUGAUAGCAGACGCUUUUAUACGUUCUUCAAAUUGGCAUAUCAUGAUACAAGAACGUUUGUUUUGGUUUUGUAUUUGUCUGAUUGCAGUGAGUUUUCCAGUACUGUGUACUUCUGCGUCUACUCUGAAGUUUUGGUUUGAAGAGUAGAGUGCUCUUAAAAAGAUGGAUUCAUUCAACUGAAACACUUGUGAAACUGUUCAGAGGUAGACUGUCUGUCUGAGGAGCUAAAAGUUGGCCUUGUCUACGUCAUUGAAGAAAUGAACUGCAAAACUACAGAGCCCAAAAUCAGCGGUGUCAAGCUGCAACGUGUAUCUGGAUCUAUGCUGACGUUGCCGAGGUGUACAUUUGUCAAUAAAUAGCUUUACCGUU